AUGCGCUUUCACACACUCUCCGCCCUCUCCCUCGUAGUAAUCGGCGCUUCUGCCCAUGGAGACCACGGGUCUGGGUCGAAGCAACCAGCUAUCGCUGACGAUGCCAACUGGAUGACAAAACACAUGGCAGGCAAGUUUGUCUUGUUCCUCCCGCCCCGAACUCUUCCUCCUCUCUCCCUUUUAGACGACAUGUCGGAACUAACAUUGACUGUGCGCAUAGAGGAGCACCACCUCGAUCACUGGGACGCCGCCUCCUUCUUCUCCCUCCACGACUUCAACAGCGACGGAGUCUGGCAACCCGAAGAGCUUCUGCGCACAUACGGUCUAUUCGACAAGUCCAAUAAAGACGUCCCUGCCGAAAAGCGAGCGACCAUCUUGAAGGAGCUGUUGAGGUUACUCGAUCGCAACGGCGAUGAGGAGGUGUCGCGUGACGAGUUGGCCACGUUCCUAGCCGAGGGAAAGACGCUGCCGGACAUGGGCACUGGACCAGGACAUCACGGCGACGAUGAAUACGAGUAUGAGAUCCAUCAUUGGGAGAAGUACCACGGCGAUGAUACCGAACUAGAGGACCUCACCCACCCGGAAGAUAUCGAACACUUCAAGCUACAUGAACAGAUGGAACAGGAAGAGGAAAGGAUGGACGAACUCAAGAAGCGAUCCGUGAUAGAGGAGAACAUCCCCGCCAUGUUCCUCCGUCCCCGGAAAGAAUAA